AUGAAGGCAUGGAGGUUAAGAUGGAUGGGGCAUAUAGCUUGUAGUAAUCUAUCUGGAAGUCUCUACGUAACAAUGAAUGCCUCAAUAGAAGGCAAAAGACCAUGUGGAAGGCCAAAAAGCAGAUAGAUAGAUAACAUCAACAAAGAGGUUACAGAGCUGCGUGCAGAAAACUGGAAAGAAAUAGCGCAAAACAGGUAGUAGAGGAGCAGGCUUAUUACGGUAGCAAAAGAUCUACAAUGUCUGUUA